CACACCUCCAUCAGAGCAUCUGUGCCUCCAUAACUCAAUGGAUAACAUGACGUCAUCAAUGCGCAUUUCCAACCUCACAGAGCAAUGGGUGGAGAGCCUGCUGAAGUGGCACCUAAAUUACUUUUUCAUCCCUACCACGGUCAUCACUCUGGCCACCUUGCUGGCCAACCCCGUUCUCCUGACAUGCAUCUUCCUGUCCCGUGCCUUGCGUCAGGAGACACGUUACCUGCUGGUGGCCAACACCCUGGCAGCAGACAUGCUCUUCCUCAUCCUCAACAUGGCCACGGUGAUCUGUAACGCUACCGGAGCUCACAUGCCCUGGCUGGUUUGUGAGCUGAUCACAGCCGUCACCGUCACCUCCUACUGCUGUGCCAUCCUCACCGUCACCCUCAUGGUGGUGGACACCUACGCUGCGGUUCGCUGGCCACUCCGUUACCAUGACGUUCUGCCACCUGCACGCACCCAUUGCAUUCUGGUGGGGGUGUGGGUGCUGGCAGCCGUGUACCCUUUCACCCUGGUGAUCAUUAUGGAGGUAGAGAGGGGGAAUCCCAAUGAGACGGUGGCUGUGUGUCUGGUCCUCAUCUCCCUUGGCUUCAUUCAGGACAAGAACAUGGUGGGGAUCCACCUCUACUUCUUUGUGGCUGCACUCAUCUGCACUGCGCUCAUUUUUUUCUGCUACAUUCGGCUCUACAUGGUGACGAGGACCCAUGGCAUCUGGCAGAACCGCUUCUCCAGGGCCCGGGUCACGCUGCUGGCUCACGGGGUUCUCCUCCUGCUCUACUUUGCCCCCGGCUUCGUUUUCACCAUGGAGCUCUUCCUGUUCCAUAGGAAAGACUUAAGUAAUGAUGUUCGUGUGUGGGUCAGCACGGUCAAUAUGUGUGUGUUCAUGCUGCUGCCCAGGGCGUUUGCCCCGUACCUGUACGGGCUGAGGUACAGGGAGAUCUCUGACACUCUGAUGCAGCUGCUACAGCACAGGAGACUCAGCCAGAUCACGGUCUCAUGAAGACGCUUACAAACUGUUCAUUAUUCUGUGAUAUAUACAUAUUUUCUGUUUUCGCAGUUGCCCUCCAACAAACAAAGAUGUAAACCGCAAGGGCAGUAGCCAGGCUGACUUCCACAUUUUCUAUAUUUAUAGAAAAUCUAUUGUUUAUUGGUGUACAGUAUAUUGUCUAAAUCAGAGGUUCUCAAUGUUUUUAUCAGCCAAGGACCCCUUACAAGAUAGAGAAUAUACUGGGGACCCCCUCAUGUACGUUAGGCCUAUGUCCAUAGUAAUAGUAAUGUCAAAGAACAGGCAUGUAUUAUACAUAUUUGCAUAUUCUAAGGUAUAGAUUUGUUAGAUUAGAACGUAAUCUAUGAACUAUUAUACCGUAGAUUUACAAACUAAAAUAUUAUUUGUUGGACUAUGAAGCCUUUUGUAAAAAAAAACUAAAUAUUCAAAUUAUAUAUAUAUAAUAAGAUAAUUUAAUAAUUAUUUAAUAAUUUAAAUUAAUGAAAACGUUUUACGGAAAAGACUCCUUGGACCCCACUUUGAGAAUCACUGCUCUAAAUGCUGUUUCCAAACACUCCCCACACUCCCAAUAAUGGAACUCUGGUAGACAAAACACUAAAAUCCUUUCAUUUUAUUUAUUUUUGGCCUACAGCUGUUAGUGAUUCUAAUCACCAUGUGUGAUUUGGGUCUAAAUUUAGAACCUCAGCUCGUUAAAACCCCCAAAUUACCAGAAAUAAUACUGAGGACAUGUGUUCAUGUUCUCAUUGGUAUCUACAGCCCUGGUUGCUGCCCUGUCCAUGCUUUCCAUUGCUUCACCUCUUUGUCAUUCUUGUCUCUUCUUAUAAAAUAAUACAUAUCAUGACUACAGUGAAAUAUAAAUUGAUAAUUCAA